AUGGACAGAAAAUCAUCAUCGGACUCAACUCCACGCGUUUUACGAGCACUCUAUAAGCCUUUGCGACCUCCGCUCCCUCUUGUCGGUAACGAAGUGAUCGUGGUGCGGCACUCUGAAACGAUUGAUGAGGUGUUUCCAGACUGGAUAGAGCGAAGUAAACUCGACGUGCCGGAGUACAUUCCAUUCGACUUGAACAUGCCCGUUCGCUUGCCUCGACGUGCCGAGAUGAAAGUCGCAUACAAGCACGAUCCGCCGCUCAGUGAGAUUGGUCGCAUCAUGACGCAGAUUUUCGCACGUGAACUCGUCGUCCGAAAUGCAAUCCCGAAGGUUAUUUAUUCCUCGACGAGUUUCGCCAGCAUUCAGACUGCAGCAGAUAUCCAGACCUUUAUCGGGAAGCAAUGCGGUUCUAUUUGUGUGGAUCCAGCGCUGGCGUCUGACCGACAAGGUGCGCCGUUUUGGUUGACUCAGAAGGAGUUGUUACAACUGAAUUACCGUAUCAAUGAGUCCUACAUUGCUCAAAAGGUGGAAAGCGAGGAUAUGAAUUCAGUUGCAAACAGUAUGAAGAGGCUGGUCAACAUCUUCUCGCAGAGCACUGGAUUAGUGCUGGUUGUCACGGACUCGUUGGCCGUUUCUAUGCUGAUGGACAUCAUCUCAGAAGUCGAAAGGAAAUAUGAUCAGUCGGAAAAGCAGCUGCGUAAAGAGGCCGAAAUUGCAUUUCCAGCAACGUCCUCUAUUAUUUUCGCUCCUAAUGCCAGCGUGAGUACUCAGUUUUUGACAUCUCCUGAUUUUCAACAGAACACAAAAGUGCAACUGAAUGACGCCACUGGUUUCCUUGCAGAUGCAUUUGGAACCUUCACGCAUAUUUCUUCGUCCUCUAACCAGAAUUGGCAAAAGUUCACUACCACACUUUGA